AUGGCUGCUCGAUGGCGGUCCCGAGAAGUUUGCGGAUUUCUCAAUGUUGAAGCACAUACCGAAGAUCACGUGCAUCACUGGUAUGGCACCAUCCUAAGCUUCCGCCGGAGUGUGGUCCGGAUUGUCAAGGAGGGCGUCGAGGGCACUGUGCACCAGGAGUACGAGGAGCGGCUCGCCCGUUUCCCGGAGCAGAUUCUUCCAGUGGGUUUCCGUCUCUCCCGCUGGAGGUAA